ACUAAAAAGUAAACUGUCAAAUUUGUAAUUUGAUUUUAUUUAAUUUGUUAUUAGAGAGUACUUCAAACGAAUAAAAUAUUUUAUUAUGUUUAAAAAUAAAUCAUUUUUGUCAGUCACCGUGUAGCAGGUCAAUUGGAUCAAUAAAACAUCACGUAAAAGUUUAAAAAAUAGAAAAAUGGAUGGACCAUCAGCAAAGAAGUCCACUUCGUUUGAGACACUAGUGAUUCAAAAUAUAUCUAACACAAACGACUUAAAAGCAAAACUGAACGAAAUUAUCGCUAGUGGAAAAGAUUACGAAUACGAUGUUUCUUCUUGCAUUAAAGCCUUAUUAAACAACAACGAUCCAGUUAUUGUGCUGCUCACCGUGCAAGCUUUAUCCGAACUAGCAAAAUGUGAAACGAAACGAGAUACUUACGCACAAAAAGAUGUGAUUGUACCGAUUCUGUCUAUAUUAAGUAAAGAUGUUACAUUAGAUAAUGUAGAGCUUAUUAAACACUGCUGUAGAGCUUUAGGUAACCUGUGCUGUGAUUGUGAUACAUCCAGAAAUAUAUUACUCCAAAACAAUGGUGUCUGCAUACUGGGAAAUGUGUUGAAAAUAUGUAUUGAAAAUAACACAUCUACACCGCUAGGAGAAAUAAAAGUGGUUGUCGUCAAAGCCUUACUGAACUAUGCUAUCGGGGGACAAGAAUAUUCCGAGUCAUUGGUGAAAAGCGACUUAAUAGAAUAUAGUAGGAAAAUGUUGACAGUGGAGUCAUUUAAAGAAGUGAUGGAUGAUGAUUUGGUGUCAACUAUUCUGACAUUACUAACUGUUAUAAAUGACAACAACACAGAAUUACUUUUUGAUGUAGACCUGAAUAUGGCCGUUCUAAAUGUGCUCAGAGAAACAACUAAUGUUGAUGUGUCCGAGUUAGCUCUGGAGCAUCUACACACGCAGGCUGAACAUGAGUCAGUAAAAACUCUGUUGGCCAAGGAGGGUGGCGUUAACCUGGUGUGUUCACGUCUGGAACUGCUCCUUGAACAUCAGAGCACCUUGACCCAGGACAGUGAGGUUGAAGCUGUCAUGAAGCAGGCGUGUGAUCUCAUCAUCAUUGUUUUGACCGGAGAUGAGGCGAUGCACAUCCUGUAUAACAAUGGUAAGGGCGAGGUAUAUCAGAGCGUGGUGAGGUGGUUGGAGUCCAGUCACCACCAGCUACUGGUGACGGCUGUGCUGGCUGUAGGGAACUUCGCCCGGCAGGACAACUACUGCGAGAAGAUGAUGAACGAGCACAUCUUCGAUAAACUGUUAGCCAUCUUCGAACACUAUCACAGCCUCGGUGUGAAGAUGCAGUCUUCGGAGGACGUUUCAGUAUCACCCAUGGUGGUGAUGAAGCUCCAGCACGCCAGUCUGUCCGCGAUCCGCAACCUGUGCGUGCCGAUGGUGAACAAGCGGCGCGCGGCGGCCGGGCCUGCGCCAGCCGUCUUCCUGGCAGCUCUGCCUCACGUCCAGGAACACAAUGUGGCUUACAAGCUGCUGGCCGCCAUAAGAAUGCUGCUGGAUGGACAGGAGAGCGUGGCCCGCGAGGUGGCGUGUUCUCCGUGGUUGCAUCACAUCAGUUCGUGGGGCGGGUCUGGGCACGCGGGGGCGGGGGCGGAGUCGCCUCGUCUACUGGCACGAGUCGCGAGGCUGCUACCCCAGAACCUCCUGCCCCGGCUGCUCGAGGCGGACUGUGUGUCCCGACUUGUGGACAUGUUGCUUGCGUCUCACGCGCUCAUGCAGAACGAGGCCUUAGUGGCUCUCACUCUCCUAGCCGCCGGAUGCCAACCAGAUACCAACCUCACCGACCAGCUCGUAAAGUCCGAAAUCGGAAAGCACCUGUCGGUGCUCGUAGACACCAAUUGCGCAAAAAUGCCGCUGGAGGUCGCCGAGAAUCUUCUAUCAUUUUUGGAGGUGACCUCAAGAUAUGAGACUCUUCUAUUGGAUUAUAAAUCGGCGAAGGUCCACGACGCGUUGACGAAAUUCGCUACCUCGAGGGACGACCUCGAUCAUGUUGAUAACCGUAUCCAUAAAAUAAUAGAUUUAAUAUCUGAAGAAAAGUCGGAAUAGUGCGCUGGUAUACAAGUAACUGCUGACCGCCACACUCGCUCCACAGUAACAGAAUAACAUGUACAAAUGAAUACAAACUACUAAUAAUACUAAAGCGAACAGCGAGCACUCGGCGGCCCGUCGCGUCGCGGAGUAAUGUUAUCUCUAGUCACUUUACCGUAUUUAAAUCUCUGACUAUUUUUACUCUCUAUUAAGUCUGUCUAAAAUUUCAAAACAUAUAUAUUUCCAACUAUUUUCUAAGAAAUACCGAUAAUAUUAAACUUAUAAAUUUCCUCGACUUAUUAAUAUAUCGCAUUUACUAUCACUUAAUUACUAGAAUUCUUACAUUCCUAUACGCUUUGCUUUGUCUUUGGUGAGUCAAAUUCAAAAUGACAGCUGUCUUUGUCACAAUUGAAGGCUAAAAACAGAAAGUGUCACUUUUUCCGUGUUCUCGUAUUGUCCCGUUUGGGACGAGGUAUGUGCCAGUGUAACGAUUCUAAAUAUAUUUCGGACCUAUAUUUACAUGAUAGUUAUGCGUGUCAAUAUUUAUAUAAUAAGAUGCACGAUAUUUUUAAUAAUAAAACGCCUUUACACGUAACGGAAUUGAGCUGACUUCUAUUAAAAUAGAACUAGAUAGAUUUUUGAAUUAUCUCGUCAAAUAAUCGCUCAAUUCUUAAAAGGAAACCCUUUUUCAGUUGAGCGAAUAUUUCGAUGUCGAAUACUGAACAGCAAUAUCGUUAUAAUACUCCAAGUACAAUUAUUAUUAAAUGUUAUAAUAUUCUAAUAUCUGUAAGACGUCGGUUUGUAUGAGCUUACGAAUUUAUUUUUAUGGAUAAUUUUAUUUAUAAUCGCCGCCAUCAUACUUUUGUGGUAUUUUAUUUUAUUUGUACAGACUUCAGAUUAUAUGUAAUUUUUUUCAGUCUUCUUUAAUCUUUAAUAAAAUGUUAAUAUUUUUCGAAUUUACUUUCUAUAUUUAUAAUACUCGUGAGACUUCAAGAGUGCACUUAUUGUAGCAUGACCUGUGCCUUCUCACACUGUUGUAUUGUUUGAGAAUGGUAUUUAAAUUACAAAACAACAAAUUUUUAAAAUCAAAUAUUAAUUUUAUUAACUCGGUAAUUAUGUCUUGGGUAUAUUUUUUAUUUUAUUUAUAUAGCUUUAAGUUUGAAACAGCACAAAUAACUAACAAGUACCUCGGAAGAACAUUACCAAAUAUUAUUGGUAACUCUUGUUUUCUGUCAUUAAAAUUAAUGCAGACUUUAUAACAUUAACAAAUUUAAUAGGUAUUUAAAAAUAAGAGUAGUUUUUGAAGUAAUUACUUUAUCUGAUGCAUUAUGACAAUCAGUUUGUUCAGGAAUUAAAUUUAUUGAGAAGAACAAUUCAGUGCUUUUCAUUGUUGCUAGUAAAUUAAUUUAUUUCUGUGAAAUAAAAAAAGGUUAAGAAAUAAUUUACUUAUCAUUGAAAUUCUCCUUUUUUUUUAAAUAUCUUAAUAUACUCCAUUGACCAAAAGACUUAUGGAGGGUCGUUAAGAGAAGUACCAGACUUAUGUCUUACAAUAUAAAUAUGUUUGCACUUUGUAGCGUCGGACCAAGUAUUUAUAGUUAUUAAAAAAAUUGUAAACAAUUUAUAAUUUAAAUUAAAUUUUUAUUCAAUAUCUUUGUAUAAUACCUUAAGGUUGGAACUUUGUAGCAAGUUCACUUAUAUUGAUGAUGAAUAUUGUUUGAAAAUAUACAACUUCAAUUACAAUUCUAGUGUUAUGUUUAAAAGGCUUUAUUGUUUUUAAUUAUUAAGUUGUUAUUAAACUAGGGUAAUGUUAAGGGAAUAAAUAAAAAUCGUUUAAAUAUUAUUAUAAGAAAUUUUGUAAUAGUCAUAGAUUCCGGCUUCAAUAAAAUUGUUCUGCAAGUUA